AUGUUGGGUCGUAUGGCUUCAAGGGCGUUUGCGCGUGUUCUCCACGCCAGCUGGACCCGUGCUUCUGUUCCCGUGGUCGGUGCAGUGUCCUUUGCCAUUCUUGGUCUAUCACAGCCAAUCUCGCUUCAAGACCGACUCCUGUCCUAUGAAGAGCGCAUCAAGCUGUCGAACACUUUCAAGCCUCAUCCGAAGCGAUUGACCCGAGUGCAUGAAUCGAAUGAGGAAAGUGAAAAAGAGGAAGUUGCUCAAGAAAAACCUGCUCAAGAAGAACCUGCUCAAGACGAAUCCUCAGAAGAGGCCGGUCAUCUUGAUAUGGAAGAGGGUGUAGAGUCAGCCUUUGAUGAGCGCACGGGCGAGAUCAAUUGGGACUGCCCCUGUCUCGGAGGCAUGGCUGAUGGUCCAUGCGGCGAAGAAUUCAAGAAGGCCUUUAGCUGCUUUGUAUUUUCGGAGGCCGAGCCAAAGGGCAUUGAUUGCAUCGAGCAUUUCAAGCACAUGCAGGACUGUUUCCGUCAGCAUCCGGACGUCUAUGCUGAUGAAAUUGAGGCAGACGAAGCUGCUGCUGCCGAUGCGUCAUCUGUACAGGACAAGGAAUGA